CUGGUAGUACUGGUAGUAGUGGUAGUAGUAGUAGUAGUAGUAGUAGUAGUAGUAGUAGUAGUAGUAGUAGUAGUAGUAGUAGUAGUAGUAGUAGUAGUAGUAGUAGUAGUAGUAGUAGUAGUAGUAGUAGUAGUAGUAGUAGUAGUAGUAGUAGUAGUAGUAGUAGUAGUAGUAGUAGUAGUAGUAGUAGUAGUAGUAGUAGUAGUAGUUAUAUCAGUAUGGACAAUAAGUGUAAAGAGUCGUGCAAGGUCCACGAUAAGUUCAGAGAUCAUAUCUCAUCUUUGA